CUCCCUUUCCCUUCCUCUCCCUCUCCCUGUCCCUCUCUCCCUCCCUUUCUCCCUCUCUCCCUCCCUCUCCGUCUCCUUCUCCUCCUCUCCCUCUCCCUUCCUCUCUCUCUCUGUUCCCCUGUCCCUCCCUCUCUCUCUUUGUCUUCCUCUUCCUCUCCCUUCCUCUCCCUCUCCCCCCCUUUUUCCCUCUCUUUCUGUCUCUCUCUCUCGCCCUCUCUCUCCCCCCAACCCACCUCACAGGAGUGUUGUGGGGAAAAUAGGAGGAGGAAGGAGUAUUAGGUUCCUUUCACCUGGAGAAUUUACUACAAUGCAGGAAAAGUUUCUGGACAUACCCUCUCAUGGUGGAAUAACCAAGCCCGUUCAAUCUUUGCUGCAAAUCUUCUUGUUCUUUGAAUUUCUAAAGACAGUUACCACUCUGAAGUGUGAAGUAUGUUCUGACAUUGGCACCAACUGUACGGGCAACCUGAAGACCUGUGAGGCUGAACAAGAAACUUGUGUCGUCAUUUUAAUUCAUAGCACUCUAGGGAGUAGAACGAUGCAGACAGUUGCCAAGGGCUGUGAAUCCAUCGUGGUCUGCAAUUCUCCAAAAACCCACUUGAAUAUGGGGAACGGGAAAAUCCUUCAAGGAAGUUUGGUUUGUUGCGCUGAUAAGGCUUGUAGAACAGCCAUCCCUUCAUUACCAUCAGUACAGACUGAUGCCAAUGGACGGCAAUGUCCCGCCUGCUUUUCUGACACAGGCACAUGUGAGAAAGAAUUGACGAAUUGUACCGGAAACGAACAUUACUGCUUCCACCUGUUUAUGCGUUCCUACGGAGAUGGGGUGCUCUGGGACUCGAUCAUGGAAGGCUGCACCACCAAGGCAACGUGCAAUCACAUCAAUCACGGGCACAUGUCCCUCCUGCAACGUCGUAACACAGUGAUUAUAACAUCCAGAUGUUCACAAUGCGAUUUAGGUAAUGAAGGAGCAGGUUGA